AUGGGGAAAAGGAAACGUAUGAAGCCUUCUGUUGUCGCCGUCCAGGCCCAAAUCCAACUCUUGCCGUCAAGGCGUUCGAGCAAUCGAGCCGUCACCUCCUCCUCCGGCCGCCUCGCACGAAGCGCGGCGGAGCCUCCCGCCCCAACCCCACCCUUCAUCGACGAACAGCAAGCCGUGGGCCGUGAUCGCCGGAGCUCUCGCGGCCUCGAACCGGGAGGAAGGUUUGAACCUUCUUUAGAAAUAUACAAUAUGGCUGCGGUUGAUACAGCUACCAAGGAGAUGGAGGCACUGCAUGUGGGACAAAAUGAAGAAACCAAAGCAGAUCUGAUUAAAGAAGGCAAAACUGCAAACAGCAAUGGUGUGGUUCCUGCAGCUCAGUCUUCACCGCCAGAGGAUGAUGAUGAAGCACAAGCUGAUGAUCCAUCUCAAGAUGGAGCACCAGAAGCUGCAAAGAAGAAAAAGAAGAAAAACAAAUCCAAAAAGAAGAAGGGUCCUCUUCAGCAGACAGAUCCUCCAUCAAUACCUGUUGACGAGUUUUUUCCUUCAGGAGAAUUUCCUGAGGGUGAAAUUCAGCAAUAUAAGGAUGAUAAUUUAUGGAGAACAACUAGCGAGGAAAAGAGGGAGCUCGAACGACUGCAAAAGCCAAUGUACAAUUCUGUUCGCCGAGCAGCAGAAGUUCAUAGACAGGUGCGGAAAUAUAUGAGGAGCAUUAUUAAGCCUGGAAUGUUAAUGAUUGAUCUAUGCGAAACACUGGAAAACAUGGUCAGGAAACUUAUCAAGGAGAAUGGACUGCAAGCUGGCAUUGCCUUUCCAACUGGAUGCUCCUUGAAUUGGGUCGCAGCUCACUGGACUCCAAAUGCUGGUGACAAAACUGUGCUACAGUAUGAUGAUGUGAUGAAGCUGGAUUUUGGAACACAUAUAGAUGGGUACAUUGUUGAUUGUGCAUUUACUGUUGCAUUCAAUCCUAUGUAUGAUCCAUUGCUUCAAGCAACAAGAGAUGCCACAAAUACAGGGAUCAAGGAAGCUGGAAUAGAUGCACGGCUUUGUGAUGUUGGUGCUGCAAUCCAAGAAGUAAUGGAAUCAUAUGAGGUUGAAAUCAAUGGGAAAGUUUUCCAAGUAAAAAGUAUUCGGAACAUCAAUGGACAUAGCAUUGGGCCAUAUCAGAUCCAUGGUGGAAAAUCAGUUCCGAGUGUGAAAGGUGGAGAACAAACAAAAAUGGAAGAGGGGGAGUUUUAUGCUAUUGAAACUUUUGGAUCUACUGGAAGGGGAUUUGUCCAGGAGGACUUGGAAUGCAGCCAUUACAUGAAGAACUUUGACGUUGGGCAUGUGCCUUUGAGGGUAGCAAAGGCUAAGAAACUACUUGGGACUAUCAACAACAACUUUGGAACACUCGCAUUUUGCCGCCGGUACUUGGACCGCCUUGGCGAGACAAAAUACCUCCUGGCUCUGAAAAAUCUUUGUGAUAGUGGUAUCAUUCAGCCGAAGCAGAUCCACGAGAUCAAGGACUUCCUUCUCACCGCGAGGAGGAAGGAUGCCCGUUCAGUGAAGAUCAAGAGGAGCAAGGAUGUUGUCAAGUUCAAGGUUCGCUGCUCCAAGUACUUGUACACACUCUGCGUCUUUGAUGCUGAGAAGGCAAACAAGUUGAAGCAAUCUCUUCCCCCAGGUUUGAGCGUCCAGGAGGUUUGA